AAUACUGAAACAGUGAGAUGUCACUCAACAUUCACCAUCUCUAUAUCUAAGGCCCAGGAAAAAUAAAGUAGAUGAAAAAUAGGAGAAAACUGCAUUGUUUCCUUGCUCAAUCCUGAUUUCCUCCCUGGCCCCUUCAAAUCAGAUUCACUCAAAUAAGCCAAAUCCUAGGUAAAAGCUCAAAGCUUUCCUCUUCAUUCCCACAAAACCCACAUUCCAGAAUCUCGUAUAGUUCAUCACGAACAAAACCCAGAAAUGAGAAUGGAUUCUAGUAACAGUCAUCAUAAGCUCAUAGCUGUGGGUGAUUACUUGUUCAUGAGAAGGAGCUGCGUGCAGCUGGUGAUCACAUUCUCCCUCUUCUCUGUGCUGAUAUCUAUCUCUUGGGUUACUAGUGGUAUGGUUGCCAAGAGCUAUGUGUACAUAAAGUUCAAUCCUUUCUUCUCGUCCUUCUUCACGCAUACCUUGAAGAGGAAGUACAUGUUCUUGAUCUUCAAUGGCAUCCUUGCUUUCCUUGCCACUUCGGCAUCAUCAGCUUCCUCCACCACCGCCAUUAUCAGAAGCAGCAUUUCGUCACAAACUACUUCAGCUUCUUCUUAUGCUCAUCAUCAUGAUGAGCGCAUGGUGGAGGAGGAGGGUUCAGCUGCGGUUCAUGAAGAUUGUGAUGAGAUUGAUGAUGGUUCUGAUGUGGAAGAAGGGGUUGUUCAUGAAGAAGUGGUUGUUCAUGAAGAGAAGAUGAUGAAGGUUCAAGGUGGGGAUUGUAGAAAUCAAUUUCAGCAACAAGGAGUAGAAAGAGUAGUAGAAGAAGAAGUAGAGGAAGAACAGGAGGAGGAGGAGGAGGAAGAAGAAGGGUCAGAAUUGGAGGGAGAGGGAGGGAAUGGAUGUAGCACAGAGGAAAUGAACUCAAGGUUUGAUGAGUUGCUUAGGAAGAUGAAGGUAAGGAUGAUGUCUGAAUCCAAACAGCAGAAGCUGCUGCUGCAGAAGCUCAUACCCUUUAUCUAGUUACUGUAACCCAAAUGUGUGUAUUGAAUUAGUUGGAAACAGAUCUGGUUGUUUGAUAUGGAUGUAGUGGAAAAAACUUUCAAGACUAUGAACGGCAUCAUCAUAAAGUGUUAUUGGUGGGCAUUUUCCAAUUCGAUAUCAGACCUAAGUAUAUGUUUUUGAUGAAUCUGAUUGUGGUCAUUAGAUUCAACAGGUUAUAGUUUGAUCAAGUUAAUGUCCUAAAUACUUAAGAAAAGUAAAGAAAAAACCGAACCAAAUCAGAAUUGAACUUCUAAUCCUCAUUUUCUCCUUGGUUGGAUCCAAGCAUAUUAACAAGAAAGAUCAUUUCUCCAAAUCAGAAAUGAACUUAAGUGUUAUUG